AUGGCAGAGAGUAGCUCCAGUUUUGGUAAUAAUAAUUCAACAUUUUCGGAAAAGAACUCAAAAAGAAAAACUCGAAAUGAAAGUGAAAAACGACGCCGAGACACUUUCAAUCAGUUAAUUAGUGAGUUGACAUUAUUGGUUGCAAAGGACGAUCGUAAAAUGGACAAAAGCAGCGUACUUAAAUGCGCAAUCAAUUUCCUUAAACAACAACAUUUUCAAGCUGAAUCGACAAGUGGUGAGGCAUCGAACGUAGCAUUGGAUUCUAAGUUACGCAUUACAACCGGUUGCAACCUUCCGGAAAUUGUUCAACUUUACAUGGAUGCUUUAGCAGCCGGGACUUUUUGCAUUCACUGUUCGGGACACAUUGAACACGCCUCAACCAGCUUUGCUGCACUUUUCGACGAUACAAUCUAUGAUUUACAAGGGAAGAAUUUCUUCGAUUUAUUAGACGAUGCAUCAGCAGAAAGUUUCAGUGGAGCUAUAUCCACCGAGUUGUUACAUUCUGUACCCGCAAGCACCGCUAUGCACAGUACGACGACUCUUCAGGAAAGGGUUACAACAAAGAAAUUGCGUCGACAAUUAUUGGAACCAAAUGAAUCUCUCCGGUUUGUUGGUGUCAUUGUUCCGUUAUCAAACCCGCCGGAAUCAGAAGUAACGUUGGAAACGAUUAGUUCGUGGGAACGAAGAAACGCCAAUUUCACCGUUCUAUAUAAUACUGAAUUCGUUUGUGUUGAUGCUGAAGGAUGCCAAUUAUUGGGUUAUAGUCGACUUGAUCUGCUUGGUACAAGUGGUUAUGAUUAUAUUCACAUGGACGAUUUGCUACAAGUAGCUGAGAGCCAUACGCAGCUGAUAAAACUUGGCACUUAUCAAAUAAGACCACAUCGAUUGCAAACAAAAUCGCAUCAAUGGAUUUGGGUUAAUUGCAUGGCGAUUAUUUUCGAAGGUGAAGCAUCAAUUAAAAAAGUGAGAUGUAAUUAUCGUGUGGUAAGCAUGGAGAAUGUGAAGAAAUUCAAAGAAACAAUUACAUUUAUGAAGUCAAAAUCCACCGAAAUUCUAUUACCAUUAUCGAUAGCAGUAAGUAGUGGAAGCAAUUCACAAAAUCCUCCUUGCACUACAAGUGCUAUAAGUACUGUCGUUUGUCCUUUAUCAAUUACUUCGGCAUUAUCAGCAGUUGGAAAUAAUCUCGCAUCAUUCUGUGCCACAGAUGACUCAUCAUCGGAACAACCUAAUGAUUCCGUAUCCGUUAUCGCUUCCGAGAAACAUACCAAUAGCAGUUGUACAGCUAAAAUAGUUAUCGGACCGUUACCACCAAAAAGAAUGCGAAAAGGAGGAUCGAAUGUACUACCAGGAUCAUAUCGUUACUUGUGCUCAGAUAAUAUUCCGUCAACUUCAUUCGGAUGCACAUCUUCACGCUGUCAACGACUGUCUACUGCGCUUUCGUCACUAUCAUCAGAACCAUUGUCAUCAAAACGACGCAGUCAAAUUCCUUUGGCUUUUAUUGAGCAUUAUCCUCUACCGGAUUCAAAAUUGGCAGAUAAUAAUGAAUCACGCAAAAACACGUUAAAUUUGACGUUAUCCUCUACAUCCACGGUAGGACUUUUUCACACUUUGGAUGGUAAUUUUUAUAAGGUGACACCAGCAGCUUUAUCAAUAUCACCAAUGUAUCAGCAAGUUUGGGAAGAGUUACAACACCGAAGCGAAAUAUUACGUCAGCAAGUGUUUCAGAAAGAAAUGGAACUUCGUGAAUUACAUCUUAAAAGAUUUCUUGCAUCAUUAAACGGUGAUAAGUAUUAA